AUGAAAGGUAUUUACAAUUCUUGGAGAACUAAUGCUCCUGUACAUUUAAGCAUUGAUGACAGUCCUGUAGCAUCUAGCAAUCCUGUUAUUUGUGACAGUCCUGUAGCAUCUAGCAAUCCUGUUAUUUGUGACAGUCCUGUAGCAUCUAGCAAUCCUGUUAUUUGUGACAGUCCUGUAGCAUCUAGCAAUCCUGUUAUUUGUGACAGUCCUGUAGCAUCUAGCAAUCCUGUUAUUUGUGACAGUCCUGUAGCAUCUAGCAAUCCUGUUAUUUGUGACAGUCCUGUUGCUUCAAGCAGUCAUUUAAUUUCUGGUAGUUCUGCAUCUGAUAAUAAUGCAGACACAUGUAUUUCUAGCAAUUCUAUUUCGGCCAUUAGAGAGCAGUUGCUUGUUGCCGAUGUUAAGUCACAGCGAGGUAGACCGAAGGGUACUAUAAAACCAUUUUGGAGCUUUUCUGGUUCAGGUAGUGCAGAUA